AUGGCUACCAGCAGUGCGAACCAAAAGCGAUGGAUGUCGGGAACCGCCCCCCUCACCCGACCGGCGACGGCGGCACAGAGCAACGAAGCGACAACCGCCUCGAGUUCGCAAGAAAGCAAGCUCCCCACGACGCACUACGACUUCUUCCCCAUCACUCUCCCCGACGGCCCGCCGCCCAAAGGCCACUUUCCCAUCGACCAGCGCGCCCUCCGACGUGAGUUCCUACGGCUGCAGGCCAAGGCGCACCCGGACAUGCACCCGGCGGAGCUCAAGGCUCGGGCGGAGGCGACGUCGGCGCGCAUCAACGAGGCGUACAAGACGCUGUCGAACCCACUGCUGCGCGCGCAGUACCUUCUCUCGCUGCGUGGCGUCGACGUGGCCGAGGACGAGACGCUCAAGGUCGAAGACCCAGAGCUGCUGAUGAUCGUGCUCGAGGCGCGCGAGGAGAUUGAGGAAGCAACAAGCGAAAGCGAGCUCGAGGGCCAGCGCGCGGCCAACGAUGAGCGCAUACGCGAGAGCGAGGAGGUGCUCGAGGAAGCUUUCCGGCGAGACGAUAUCGAGACGGCGAAGCGUGAAGCGGUGAAGCUCCGGUACUGGGUUAACAUUCAAGAGAGCUUGAACAACUGGGAGGCCGGGAAGCCGAUUGUGCUGCAACACUAA